AUGGUUUUGUUAAAGAGAUUUUUUGAUCUUGUGCAUGUCACUGAUACUUGUGCAACAACUUUAAAGAAAGAAUUGAUUUCUAUCCUUUCUCAUUAUAAUCUCCAAGUUGAAAAUAUUAGGGGUCAAGGGUAUGAUGGUGCUAGCAACAUGCGGGGUGAGUGGAAUGGUUUGCAAGCUUUGUUUCUUAAAGAUUCUCCACAAGCAUACUAUGUGCAUUGUUUUGCUCAUAGGUUACAAUUAGCAUUAGUGGCAGCUUCAAGAGAGGUACUUCAAAUUCAUGAAUUUUUUACUCAAUUAAACACUAUUGUCACUAUUGUUAGUGCUUCUUCAAAAAGACAUGAUCAAUUACAAGAAGCUCAAGCAAUUGAAAAUGCAAACUUGGUUGCUCAAAAUGAAUUAGAAACAGGCAAAGGUGCGAAUCAAAUAAGCACUUUACAAAGAGUUAGGGAUACUCGAUGGAGCUCUCACUUUAAUUCUAUUUGCAGUUUGGUAAAAAUGUUUACUGCUACCAAUAUUGUUCUCAAUAAUAUCAUUGAAGAUGGGACAACUUAUGCACAAAGAGGUGAGGCUUAUGGUGUUAGUAAAAUAUUAUUGUCAUUUGAAUUUGUUUUCACUUUGCACUUGAUGAAAGAGAUUAUGGGAAUCACUAAUGUUCUUUGCCAAGCACAGCAACAACAAUCUCAAGAUAUUCUUAAUGCAAUGUAUAUUGUUUCUACAUCAAAGUUACUUCUUCAACAAUUAAGAGAUGGUGGAUGGUACAAUUUUCUUGCAAAUGUUAAAGAUUUUUGUGAAAAACAUGAAAUUGAAGUCCCUAAUAUGAGUGCACAAUAUGUUUUUGGAAGAGGUCGAUCUCGUCAACGAAGUGUGACAGUUGAGCAUCAUUAUCGAAUAAAUGUAUUUUUGGCAACAAUUGACUCUCAAAUACAAGAGUUGAAUAGUAGAUUUAAUGAGCAAACAAUAGAGCUUUUGACUUUGAGUUGUGCUUUGGAUCCUAAGGAUAAUUUCAAAUCAUUUAAUAUUGAAGAAAUCAACAAGUUAGCAGAGAAGUUUUAUCCCCUUGACUUUCCUUCUAAUGAGCUAAAUAUUUUGAAAUCUCAGUUGUAA